AUGCUUGAGGGUGAGGACCAAGCCGCGGUGUCUGAGCGAAGCGCGUUGCUUCGGAUGCUGCAGCGCAUCACUGACUCCGAGAAGUUGUGUGCCGCGGCAGAGCCACCCGUGCAGGGCCUCAUUACGGCAUGGAUGUCGGGUGCGCUUGGGCGCGUACAGGCGAUGAUGCGGAGCGCAGCGGCGGAGUAUCAAAAGCAGGGGGAGCCCUUUGAGCGACAGGCGGCGACGAUGGUCUUUUUUCAUCGCCUCUCCCUGCUUGUGGAGGUGCUGCUCCGCGUCUUGGAGUCGACGCCGGCGGCGUCGGCCGCGGCAGGAACACUUCUGCAGGAGCUUCGCGAUACGGUCACUGCGUGCCACACGCCGUGGGUGCAGCUCCUGCGGCGCGAGUGGGAGAAUGGACUCUGCACGGCGUACAGGGAGGCGUUGGCGGCCGUAGCGGCUCCCGCGGCGCGAGGCUACGCGCUGGAGUACGCGGCCUGCUGGCGCCACGCCCCCCGCCCCUCGCAGCCGCCGCGGCCGCGGAGCCGGGGGCAGGCGGAGGAGGCGGUGGCUUACCCAAUCCAGCUCACCCCGCACAUUGCGGAGCUCCUCUUCACGCUGCAGCAUAUCCUGCACACGGUCAGCGUGGGACGGCGCCUGCGCGGGACGGUGUUUCCGCUCGUCGUCCGCGAGCUGCUGGACGGCACGACGGCGGCCGCACUGAACUUUGUCCUCCCCACCCUCACCUCCGCCAGGGCGCACGGGAGCGGCGGCGUGGGCGGCGAAGGCGCCGGCAACGCGCAUCCCCUGCGUCCGCCCCCGACCACAGACGACGGGAGGGAUGGCGGCAACCGUGACGAGGCCGCCGCCGCCGCCGCCGCCGACGACCGACGACAAGGAGGAGGCGCUGCUUCAGCUGUACUUUGA